AUGGUGGAUUGGUGCCCUCGUCAAGCCUCUCCGGGCUGCACUCUAUUCUCUGGACCGGCAGGAGGUGUUAUCGGAUUUUCUCAGACAUGUUUCGACGCAGAUGAGCAAACCCCUGUCAUUGGAUUUGAUAUGGGAGGCACUAGCACCGAUGUUAGUCGAUACGACGGCGAGCUGGAUCACAUCUUUGAGACAACGACUGCUGGGAUCGCAAUCCAAGCCCCACAACUUAAUGUGAAUACCAUCGCGGCUGGUGGAGGAAACAGCGAUAGCAGUGCCUUGUACACCCGCUAG